CAUCAAUUCCUUCGAUUUGGCUAAAACCUUCAAGAAUCUAAAUCGACUUUCAAUGAAUGACUGAUUCGUGUUAAGAACGUUUUAUAGCUGGCGCAGUUGGACUACCAUGACGUCUUUCUCAAAGUUCUAUUAUGAGCGCUUUACCCUUUUGCUAACAAAGCCGCUGAGAGUAAUAUUGCCUCGCGCAAUUACUUCUCUUUUCAGUGCUGCCAGUGCCCUCCACAUCCCUGACGCCUACUGACAUGGGCGUCUGUAGUGAAACGGCGGCGUUCAUUGUCGAUCUAAUUCAUCCACAGCAUUGCUUCGACCAAUACCAGUUGUGGUGUCUUCGGUGUGAUCCUACGCAGUCUCUUUCUACCGUGACUAUCGGUGGGAUCACUUUGCGAUAUGGUCGCACUAGUGAUUUCUGCAUAUAAGACUGUAGUCCAUCGGUGCUAGGGAACAGUACUAUCUCCCGCUGUGAUUUCCUACUGACAUGUUCGACCGCUUACAACAUUUCCUUCAUGGUCUUGUUGGCCGUGUUGCAUCAAGUGAUAAAGCAUCUUCUAUCCAGCCUUUCGUUGACGGUAUUCACACAAGCCAGACCCCGAUUGUCGACACUCCGAGUCCCAGUAGAACUUCCGAUGAUCAUGUUUCCAACGGGCGCCUCUCUACUUCUGAUAUAGAGGACUCUAGUAGUAUUCUCUGUAUCAAACCAAGUGAUAUCCACAGGCAAACCAGUUACCCGACCGCUACGGGUGGUCUUGGAGAUGUUUACAAAUGUACAUGGAACCACGGUGUAAAUUUGGAUGAGGUGGCGGUUAAAUACCCACGAUUCCAAAGUUUGAGUGAUCCUGAGAUUGCCAAAGUCAACAAGAACCUUGACCGCGAGAUCCGUAUUUGGGCCGCGAUGAAGCAUCAAUAUGUAUUGCCCUUGCAUGGCACUGUAGUCGAGGAAUUCGGCCCAUUUCGCGCGUUGGUUUCCCCCUGGAUGCCGAAUGGGACUUUGAACUCUUACCUUGAUCGUGCACAUAAGACCCUCUCGAUGACGGAUAGACUUCAGCUGCUCAAACAAAUUACCGAGGGGCUCAAGUAUCUUCACGACCACGACGUGAUACACGGUGACCUUACCGACGGUAAUGUUCUGGUUGCUGCCGAUGGAUCCCCUCGUCUUGCAGAUUUCGGUAUCUCCAAUAUCAUGGUACGAUCCAACCCUGCCUUUUCCUACCAUACCGGUUCAGUACGCUGGGUCGCCCCAGAGCUCCUUGACCCCCCAGAAGAUCAACCCAUACAAUGCGCAACGAAAUCUUCCGAUAUAUACGCUCUCGGCUCUAUCAUGCUUCAGGUCCUAUAUGGGAAACAGCCUUAUUGGUGGUUGAAGUCUGCCAUACAUGUCAUUUCUGUCAAGUUCAAACGCACAGAGCCCAUCGACUCCUCCAUCGGGAUCCGGCCUGAUCACCUGAAUUUCAUGCGGCGGUGCUGGUCGACGGAGAGCAAGCUUCGUCCGUCAGUAGAAGAGGUAAUAAACUACCUUCAAGAAGCCAUGUCGAAUGAGAAUUCGUCUUUAUAAGAUCUCGGUUUGAUGCAAUACUUUUGUCUUCAUAUUCAUUUCGGGUGUCUUAUUAUAUAUCAUAAUGCUCCAUGUCUUCUCGG